GUUUACAUUGAUCUCACAUGUUGUGACCUAAGGCCGCUGAACGACCUGAACAGAUCCGAGCUCGUCCCUCCUUGUUUACCCGCUCUCCUCUGCCCGGACCGGCCGCUAAGCCUCCUCUAGCCCGUGGGCUCUGGCUCGAAGUCAAGCUAGGAAGCACACCCCUCUCAUUUUUACCCGAGAUGCGUGUCAAUCAACCGGGGGAAUGAUGAAUGAAGACCCGGACAGAAGAAAGAUAGAUAGGGUCAAUGGUGAAACACUUGAGAACCGACCGAUCGACCGACCGAUUAACUGACUGACUGACUGACUGACUGACUGACUAACUAACUAUACCUACCUAAACCUUCCCACCUACCCACCUUUUUUGCCUUACCCCGAGCUACCACUGGGUGGACUCCUGGCUCUCUGGCCCCGGCUCCUUUCAGCCCCGGCGGUCCGGUGGUCCAGCACAAUCAUCGAAAGUGGCAGAAGGGUCCCAGACGAGUGGGUGAGAUGUGGCCAAUCCGGUUUGAGUAGAUAAGAAACAAGUCCUCGUUUUGUCACGUCGUCUCCAUUGGAUCGAUCUUCAAGAUAGGGAAGACAGGGAUACCUCGCACCAAUGUGUUUCCAGUCCAUAAAUAGAACGGGUCUACGAGUCCGCUCUUCGCCCGGUCCGUCCGGUCUGCCCGGGCUGUGAGAAAUUCUUUGACUAUUAUCACGCCCUUGAGGGUCCUCCCGUGGCCUGAGUAAAUGGUUUCUGAAUCCAUCCGUCCAUCCAUCACUCUCCCGGGGACUGAGGGGGUGGAUAGAUAGGUUGGUUGUUGAUCCGUUGUUCACAUGGCCACCCAAGCCUUGGCCCGAAUUCCGGGUCCCUCCACGUACCCGCUGAUUGGCAAUCUUUACCAGUACAACAACUGGGUAGGCCCUUUCAAUAAGUUCAAGUACCACGAGGCGCUACAAUCCCUCUACCGGACUUAUGGACCCGUGGUGAAGCAGAGCAUCGGUGGGCGCGUCAUCGUCCAUGUAUUCGAGCCCUCGGAUAUUCAAUGCGUGUACUCGCAAGAGGGCAAAUGGCCGUUGGUGCCGCCCUUGCAAGAAACCACGCAAAUGUACCGACAACAAAAGCAAAUGUCCUUGGGAUUGGGAAACACCAACGGAGCCGAGUGGUAUCGAUUGCGCGCCAAUUCUCAGCAGAAGAUGCUGAGGCCCAAGGAGGUACAAUUUCAUUUGCCCGUGGUCAACCAGAUUGCUCAAGAUUUGGCCCUGCGGAUUAAUCGGAUUCGCUACACCACCAGCGAAGUCAACGAUCUCCGAUUGGAAAUUGGUCGCUGGUCGUUGGAGAACGCGGCUGCUUUAGUUUUUGAUCACCGACUAGGCUGCCUGGCUUCAAAUACGGACGAUGAAGAGUUCGGACGGCAAAUGGUCGAGGCCAAUGCCUCGAUUUUUAAGCUCUCCGGACUUUUGAAGUUAUCCAUGCCGUUCUACAAGUACGCGUCCACGCCCAAAUGGCGGCAAUUAGUUCGCGCCGAGGAUUUCUUCUAUUCGAAAGCUAUUCAAUUAGUGGACGAUGCUCUGUUGCGCCUGAAAGAUGCUAUUGAAGGAGCCACCCUUCGAGAGGGUCAGUUCCAUCUUUUGCGAUAUCUUCUCUCCAGAGAGGAACUGAGCCUGAAAGAUGUCACCGUGAUUUGCUUGUCCCUAUUUUCGGACGGUCUCAGCACCACAACCCCUACCUUACUGUUUAAUCUGUAUGCCCUAGCGACUAAUAGACCAGCGCAGGAUAAGCUUUACGAAGAAAUCAAUUCCAUUGUGGGCAAAUCUGAGGCGGUCACGGAGGAGCACAUUAGCAAAAUGGUCUUCCUCAAAGCGUUUGUAAAAGAAACGUUCAGACUUUGGCCGAAUGGAACAGAGGUGUCUAGAUACACCGAAGAAGACAUGGAGUUGUCGGGCUAUCACAUUCCCGCAGGAACUCAUGUGGAUCUCAAUCCCUUGGUUCAUUUCAGAGAUUCUCGUUGGUUCCCCAAUCCUAGUGCUCACUUGCCCGAACGUUGGUUGCGAAUCAGUGAAGAUCGAAAGGACUCUAAUCUUGUUCAUCCUUAUUUAUUAACCCCUUUCGGGCAUGGGACACGAAUGUGUGCUGGGCGAAGGUUUGCUGAGCAAGAUUUAUACGUUGUGUUGGCAACUCUUCUCAGACGCUUCAUCUUGUCAUAUCCAGUAGGAGAAGAUAUGGACCAAAUCUACCACACUCUCCUCUUUCCUGACCGUCCAGUUCGAGUAAAGUUCCUCGAUCGAUCACAAUCCAAAUCCAUGAACAAAGAUAUAAAAUAACAGCGGACAUAAACAAACAGGAUGGAAUUAAUAAAUUUAUUUCUCUUUGCAAUAAAACUAGCUUUCUUG